GGGCAAAUGUCUUCAAAAUCCGAGCAGCGUCGCAAGUUCGAGCAACGGAAAUGGCAACAAACCGAGCGUUUUGCCAUGUACUUCGAAGACAAGAUGAUGUUGGCUCAACCCAUCAACCUGGAGACAGAUGAGCUUUUGGAACAAAUCAUCGAAGGAGUGCCAUCAGCCAAUUUAAGGGAUCAAGCACGCAUUCAACGAUUCGCCAACCCGGAGCAGAUGCAGCAAGCCUUCGCAAAUAUCUGCCUCCCGCAGAUAAUCGAGACCAACGCAGCGAAGAAGACAUCUAUGGAGGCCUCUGGAAACAACGAAUUGCGCUGCAGAAACUGUAACUCCAAGGGCCAUUUCGCAAAGGAUUGCCGCAAGCCAAAAAGGGCUCCCGGAUCUUGUUUCGCAUGUGGAGAAAUGGGGCACUUCGUAGGGCAAUGCCCUAAGAGGAAGAGCGCCAGCGACAACAACAAUUAUAAUGUCUCAUAGACUCAGGCAGCGCGAUUUCAUUUAUAAAACUUUCCAAAGUCCCAUAUGGAAUACACAUUACUAAAGUUAAGACUUCAUAUUUUGGUAUAAAUAAGAGCCAACUUAAUGUAAAAGGAAAAACUUUGUG